CAAUUUGGCGCAGUACGCAUUGUUCUGAAAUUUCAGCUCAUCUUAUAAGUACAGCCUAUUAUCUCUGUUUACAAAGUUUAAUAUUAGUUUACCUGAAUCCGAUGAAGGUUGAAUUGUAUAGGAUUUGUGGCACUUGUAGAUACUUUCUGGUAUUAUCCAAUAACUUGUGGGUUGUAUUUAUAUAAUAAAAAGUUCUUCGUUAUCAUCACUAGAACUUUUCUCGAUAUUUGUUACUCAAAUUGACAUAAAACGGUCAGAAAAUGGCGGAGCCAAAUAAUUCCCAAAAGAAGCCUUUUAUUAGGUUUAAGAUUAUCCAUUACUACUUAGUCCCAAUUAUAUGUUUGAUAGUAUGGUGGGGGAUGUUGAUUGCUUUAUUAGUAGCCUGGUCAAUUCAGGGUCACCCCAUCUACGCUUUCAUGGGACCGGAGCAUCAGGAUCCCGUAUACAUUUCUGAUAUUGGAGCAACUAACUUGCAACCAUUAUUUAUAUCAUGUGCUGGUUUCCAGGCUAUAUUUUUUGUAGGAACAUUAGCUCUUGAUUUAUACUUAAGAGAAAAACACAAAUUACAACCGUUCAUCAAAUCACGUCAACAUAAGCUUGCUAUUAUCAGCAUAAUUUGUGCCGUUAUUGGUCAGUUGGGUAUAUUAUUUGUUAGUAUUUUCAAUACAAAAAAUUUCAAAUAUGUCCAUCUAUCGAUGGUUGCAAUAUUCAUUGCCUUUUCAUUUUUUGCAUGUUUCUUCAACUUUUUCAAUUCUUUUACGUUUGGAAACAAUCCCCAAUUGCUAUCACCUUAUCAUAAAGAAGAUGUUAUCUUUGGUUAUAAAAAAUGGCAUAACCUUUAUAUGGUAUCAUUUUGGAUGAAAGCAUUUUGGUUAGUUGCUGCAUUUUUCUUUGCUGUAUUAUUUGGUGCUUUUAUGAAAUCUGGUCAUGACAGUACUAGUGCAAUCUUUGAAUGGCUAAUCUCGUUCUGGUAUGGCCUAUUAUUGGUUAUGUGGAGUAUUGAUUUGUUGCCUUCUUCCUUGAAGCAUUUCAGAAUUAAUCAUCCUGAAAUUUAUGGUCCUAAUAGUGAAGAAGGUGUCGAUGAAACAAAACCCGAAGAUCAUAGCGAUAGUACUCAGCCAUAAGAGCCUAUUGUCUAUUUAAAAUACUUGCUUACUCAUUAUUUAUUACUAAUUUCUUUCUGCCUUGUAUAAUUGUAUAUCGUUUACCCAAAACUAUAGAUUAUUUUUUAUUUAUGAAUGCUUAAGUUACUAAUCAAAAUUUCCUAUUAGAUUCGGACUAUGCGACAUAAGUAUGGCACAUAUAGCCACAUUAUCGAAGUAGCGGUUAAUAAAGCCACUA